CAAACCCGGGUCAACGGCCGACAGCCCACUGUCCCAGAAGACGAAGCCCAUAAAAGAAGAAGAGUGGGCUCGCGCACCGCCGCCUCCUCCUCUUCCUUCCUCCGCCUUCCCUUCUCUCCCAUCCUCCCUCAUCCGCGACCCCACCCAACCCUCGCGUCGCGGCGUCCGAUCCCAUCUCAAUUCCCAUUUCCCACCCGGCGUCGCCGCAGGCCGCACUCCAUCGCGCCGCGCGGUGCCGCUCCGCCCGCCCAUGUGACCGCGCGAGUUGCGCCCCCAGUCUCUCUCUCUCUCUCUCUCCCCCCAAUCCGCGGCGGGCGGGCGGGGAGCCCGGGGCGGGCAAUAAAAAUCCGGGGGGAGAUUCCGCCCUCCGUGGCGGGGAUGGGGCAGGAGGGGAUGGGGUACAACAGCAAGGGGGGAGGCGGGGGCGGCGGAGGGCUCCCGAUGACGGCGCCGCGGCCGCGGGGCGCGUCGCCGCUCGGCCACCACCACAGCCGCUCGCGCAAGAUCCACCGCACCUUCAACAACCUCAAGAUCACCGUGCUCUGCGGCCUCGUCACCAUCCUCGUCCUCCGGGGCACCAUCGGCCUCAACCUCUCCCUCCCCUCGCAGCCCUCCGACGCCGAGGCGCUCGCCGGCGCCAAGGCCGUCGAGGACAUCGACCGCAUCCUCCGCGAGAUCCGCUCCGACUCCGGCCCGGACCCCGACGACGAGGGCGGCGACUUCAGCGCCGCCUCCGGGUUCAACGCCUCCGCGCUCAGCGCCGCCGAGGCCGCAGCGGCGUACGAGGCCGCCGCGGGCAAGUACACGCUCGGGCCCAAGAUCUCCGACUGGGACGAGCAGCGGCGUGAAUGGCUCGCCCAGAAUCCGGGGUUCCCGGCCACUGUUGCCGGGGGGAAGCCCAGGAUAAUGCUCGUUACUGGCUCCCAGCCGGGGCCCUGCGACAACCCGCUCGGCGACCACUACCUGCUCAAGUCCACCAAGAACAAGAUCGAUUACUGCCGCCUCCACGGCAUCGAGAUCGUCCACAACCUCGCGCACCUCGACACCGAGCUCGCGGGAUACUGGGCCAAGCUGCCCCUGCUCCGCCGCCUCAUGCUCUCCCACCCGGAGGUCGAGUGGAUCUGGUGGAUGGACAGCGACGCGCUCUUCACCGACAUGGCAUUCGAGCUGCCCCUGUCGCGCUACGAGGGUCACAACCUCAUCAUCCACGGGUACCAAGACCUGCUCUUCGAGAAGCACUCCUGGAUCGCGCUCAACACAGGCAGCUUCCUCUUCCGGAAUUGCCAGUGGUCGCUUGACCUCCUGGACGCGUGGGCACCCAUGGGGCCCAAGGGGUUCAUCCGUGACCAGGCCGGCAAGGUACUCACGGCGAACCUCAAGGGCCGGCCAGCAUUUGAGGCUGACGACCAGUCGGCGUUGAUUUACCUCUUGCUCUCGCAAAAGGAUAAGUGGAUGGACAAGGUGUUCAUAGAGAAUUCUUACUACUUGCAUGGCUUCUGGGCUGGGCUGGUGGACAAGUAUGAGGAGAUGAUGGAGAAUCACCACCCAGGGCUUGGUGAUGAGCGGUGGCCUUUUGUGACACACUUUGUUGGGUGCAAGCCAUGCGGGAGCUAUGGAGAUUACCCAGUGGAGCGCUGCCUCAAGAGCAUGGAGCGAGCGUUCAAUUUUGCUGAUAACCAGGUGCUUCGGCUGUAUGGUUUCUCACACAAGGGGCUGGAAAGCCCCAAGAUUAAGAGGAUCAGGGAUCAGACAACCAGGCCAAUUAAUGAUGUGGAGAACUUAGAUAUGAAGGCCAGAAUAUCGAUGGCUUCUUGAUGAUUCAGAUGAGUUGGUGGUAUGAUAUUUUCAUACUUGCUUUGGCUAUCAACAGGGUCAGAGCAUCUUGUGAUAUGGGGACAUUGUUGUUCUAGUUUCCACUCUCUUUCUCUCCCUUUUCCUUUUGUUCACCAAUCGUUAUUGCUAUGUAACAGGUAGAGGUUGCGAUCUUUGUUUGUUAUGGAGUUAAACAUGAUAGGAGAUCAAAUCUGAAAAUAGCAUCACUUUUGUACUUUAUUGCAUUUCAUUUUUGGUGCUAGGUUCUAGCGGGACAAAUAUCACUAAUAUGUGGAUCUUGUGCAUUGUAGUAGUUAUAGUUCUCUUUAAUCUUCA